CACCACUCUUUUUAAAAUAGACAUUUACAUAUUUUUAGAUUUUUUUUUUCUUUUAUAUUUUCUUUCAUGUUAUCUUUUCAUGCAUAAUGAAAAAUUAUUUCGUAUUUGGAUUUAUAAAUCUCCUUGCUGUUUCAGUGUUGGGCUCUAAUAAUCCAGACUCUUUUUCUAUAAACAACUCUGUUAUUAAUAUACCACUUUAUAAUGAUUUGGGUCAAGUUUAUCUUGCAAAUAUUAGUGUUGGAACACCAUCUCAAACUUUUAGUGUCAUUGUAGAUACGCGAAGUUCAAAUAUUUGGAUACCCUCAGUUAAAUGUGAACAAAAAAUAUGCCCAGACACAACUUUUAAUCCAUCAAAUUCUUCUACAUUUGAACUUAUUGACUCGGCUUUUAAUGCUGAAUAUGGAGAUGCCACUAUUAAUGGUACUCUUGCACAGGAUACAGUUAUAUUGGGUGGAGCUCAAAUUGAUAAUCAAACGUUUGUUCUUGUUAAUAAAGCAAGUAAAUUACUCAUAGCCGAUGAUUACAAACAACGUUUAAAAUAUCAUACCAAUGCAUCAGUAGAUGGUGUCCUGGGUUUAGGUUAUAGUUCUUCGGUUGAAAACAACCAACAUGUUUAUAGUUCUCUUUUGCAUUCUAUGGUAGAUCAGAAUUUAAUCCCUGAACCAGUCUUUUCGAUCUUUACUAAUUCAGUUAUGGCCAACGGCUGGGCUGGUGAAUUAACUUUAGGUGGUGUGAAUGAGGAACGAUAUCAAGGGCAAAUCAAAUUUGCAGAUGUGCCCGCUAUUAGUACGAAUAGCGAUACUAACACAUCCUCUCAAGUUGGUUUAUGGUUAGUUCAAAGCAAGUCGAUUUCUGUACUAGAUGCAGCAACAGUUUAUAAUGCUAAAACUAAGCAAUAUGGCGUUGAAAUGAUACCCAAAUUAAUUUUACCCUUUCAAUUAGAUAAUACAAAAUAUGUAUUGUUUGAUACUGGGACUUCAUUAUCUUAUGUUGGAAAACUUUAUGCUAAAAUGCUAAUCAUGGGCUUACAAGAAUCGACAAAUGUAGAUUUGGACGUGGAGAGUGGUUGUUAUCUUAUUGAUUGUGCUUUUGCCAAUUCUACUAAACAAAUUGAAUUUGAAUUUGCACAGUUUAGUAAUGGUACAGCAGGAAGUGUACGUGUCUCGAUUCCUGUUAAAUAUCUUAUACAACCUCAGCAUGUAGGUAAAGCGAUGACUGGAGAAGAUGAUACAUGUAUCUUUAGUAUUUGCUCAUGGAUACCGGGAAAAGAUAAUGAAAAUGAGGAUGGUAACGAGACAACUGUUUUUGUAUUUGGUGAUUCAGUUAUUCGCUCAAUGUAUCUUGUCUUUGAUUCUGUUCGAAAUAGGAUUGGAUUUGCAAGUCCUAUUGAUACAACUAUAAAAGUUAUAUAAAAAAAAUAUUUAUAUAUUUAUAUAAAUACUAUUUAUAGAAAAAACAUAUAUAUAAAAAAAGCAUCAUUAUUACUGCUUAAUUUGUUUGAGAUAGAUCAUUUAAU